AUGGUUUCGGCACUGGCCCAUCAUCUGAAUCUUCUUGUCUCGAACUUUGCACCGCAUCUGCAUUCUCAUGACUUUGGAACUUCACUUACACCUAAUGCCUGUCGGAGAAAGCCCUCAAUUCGAUCGCAGAACUGGCGUCGGCGUACUGAAAACUCUACAAAGUCAGCAAGAUACCACAGCUUCCCUCUCCAGCACUGCAACACACCUUUUGAGCCCAGCAAAACUCCUCCCGAAGUCCCCUAUGACACUCGACCUAGUUCAAUGCCGCCCUUGCCAGUUUUUUUCACUCGACCUGUGGUGAUGUCUCCAUUGCCAAGUACCAUCGCCGAACCUGUGUUGUGUUCAAUGUCAUCUGAUUGGUCAAGUUAUUCUCCUCCAAGUCGGCCUCAUUCUGUACCACCAUUCCCAGAGCUGGAUAGACGAACUCGCUCAAGGAGCGUUCAUUCUCCUCGAUUCCCUUUCUUAGACCUUGCUAGCCCGGCCGAACAUCAAUUUUAUCAUAAACUACCCAUGUUGUCCGAUCUGGAACCCUCAGGGAACACUGCUAAACACUCACUAGAGACUCCUAUACAUACUGAGGGAGAAUUGGCGAACGACUCAAUUGUAGACACUCAAAUGAAAUCUACAAACAAGCCUCAAUCUCAGCUCGAUCCGACCCAAGAAAGUUGUGUAGCGUUGAGACAAGAGUUGAGGGAGCUCGAUCAGACCCGAGAAAGUCAGGCAGAGUUAAGACAGGAGUUGAGUGAGGUCCGCGCGAUGAUUGAAGCCUUGUUGCGUUCACCGGACCAUCUACAAACAGACGUGAUCAACUCCGAACCAGCAAAAUCAAGUGAUCAAGCCGCAGCCAGCUAUGAUCACCCAAUAAAACUGCUUUCUUCUGAAUCACACUCAGACCCAAUGAGCUCGCUUCCAGAAUCAAUGUCAGAUAAUCAAGUCGGACCCAGCUGUUAUCAGUCUAUCAAGUCUCCUCCUUCUGAGUCUCUGUCUAAUCGGAUCAGCUUGUCUCUGUCAUCAAAAUCUUCAGAUAUUGAUCCUGACCCAAACAGUUGUAUUACAACACUCGCUCGGCCUGAUUCCACCAAAUUGGACCUCAAUGCUCACCCAUUGAACUCAACUACAAUAUCAAAUUCUGUUAUUGACCCCAACUCAAACAAAUCUCUCACAAGGACAAAUCAACCUACUCCUACAGAUCAAACAAUUCUCACCUCUAGUGUUGCUCAUUCUGCUGUGUGUGAUCCUACUUGUGUUCCAAUCAAGAAGAAGAAAAAGAAAAAGACCAAAGCAAUCAUUCUAGAGACAGAAGUACCUGAUACCCUUAAUUUUGAACUGACACCACCUGCACCUGCAUAUGGACCGGGAUCUGACAAUUAUCCGCCUCCGCCAACACAAUCUCAAAUUCAAGAACUAUCUGAUAUACUUGUUAAGCGUCAUCCUGGUCUAUGCAUACUGGAAACAGAUGAUCAAGGAUUUUACCUCGGUAAGGAUUGUAACAAAAGUCCUUUUGAUCAAGAUGUCCUGCUAUAUUCCUUUGAUGGCACAUUGAUCUUUCAACUUGAAAAUGGGAUUUCAAUUUCAACAACUUAA